ACCAGCAAGUUUUGGCAACAACCCUUACUGCUUGAGGAACAAAGAAAUAUGAGGAAAUUGACACAAUCAUAGUUGAAGCAAGAAGAUGUUGUGGAGCAGGAGUUGACAAAAGCUUUUAGGCACUCUUAAACCUGGAAAAUAGAAACUUAUAGUAGAGUGGGGACGCGAGUGGGGAAGAGUUGUGAUAUUUUAGUUUAAAUCCAGUAGUUGGCGGUAAUGCAACAUUUUGAAUGCCUUUGAAAGACGCAGAAGAAGAGGCUAAGGCUACUAAAGCACUGGUGGUCAGCAGUGGUCAGGAUAAGGGCGAGUCCGGAGCUGCAAAGUCAGCUGGACUACUGAGAGGUCAGGGGAGACAGAAACACCAUAAUGGUCAGAGCUCAUGUGAGUUUGACAACAAUACGACAGCUUGUAGAAACAAAGAUGAUACCACGCAUCAGUAUACACAGGAGCCUGACAUGUUUGCAUCAUGCUGUGGGUGGAGUUCGGUGGAAGAGCAGCUUCAGGCAAGCCCCCAUUUUUACAGCCACUCCUGCUCGAGCCCUCAUAGAUGAACAGGUCAGCAUUAAAGGAAGUUUCCUGCCCCCUCGCUGUCCCGUCACAGUGUGUGCACAAAUGCACAGUGAUGAAGGUGACCUGUGGGAAGCAUUCGCCCACUAUAACACAGAUGCAGAUGGCACUGUCAACUGUGAGUUUCGUGUGGCCAGGGAUCAUUCAGUUGGGGGUUCAUAUUUGGGCUGUGAGCCGAUGGGAUUGUUCUGGGGACUACAGCCGGCUCCUGGUGCAAGAGAAGGUUUAAGGCUGAAAAAGAAAGAUGUAGAGACUCCAUAUGUAGUGCAAAUGUCUUUACUUGAGGGCCACGUUACACCCAGUGAGAGACAGAGCACUGAGCUAGCUGCAGUAGCUACUGAGCGCUGGUACAUGGCACCAGGCGUACAAAGAAAAGAGAUUCGCCAGGAUGGUGUUGUCGGGACGAUGUUUUUACCGCCUGGCCCAGGUCCAUUUCCAGCCAUACUGGACCUUUGGGGAAUGGGGGGAGGUCUGGUAGAGUACCGCUCUGCCCUUUUUGCAUCCAGGGGUUACGUGAGCUUGUCGCUUGCCUACUUCAAUCACAGAGAUUUGCCUGGACCAUUAAACCGUAUCAGUGUUGGUGAUUCAUAUUUCAAAUCAGCAUUCAAACUCCUCCAGGAUCAUCCUCAGGUCUGUGGCAACAGGAUUGGGAUCAUUGGUCUCUCCUACGGAGUCUACUUGACUCUUCGUAUGGCCACUCAGGUUGAUGUCAACCCAUCCUGUUUGAUUUGCAUCAACGGCCCAAUAGGAACUAACGUCAAGCCCUCAGAUGCAGAUGACGAGACUGAACCAACUGACAGUGGUCUGAAAUAUUGGACGUAUGAUGAUCAAGGCUAUGUAAGUUUCAGAGAAAUCUCCUUGCCUGCAAACCUUAUCCCUGAGACUAAAGUGAAGUUGGAGAACAUCACCUGUCCAUUAAUGUACAUCGUGGGUGAAGAUGACCUGAGCGCUUCAAGCAUUGAGAACGCAGAUGUGAUUGAGGAGACCCUGAAGGCUGCAGGAAAAUCUCAGCUGUUUACCCGGUUGUCGUACCCCGGCGCUGGUCACCUGAUUGAACCACCAUACGCACCAAACUCAAGAGCUGCUCUGUGGUGCAUCAAACCAAGAAAAAUGUUCACUCUGUGGGGAGGUCACCCUGCACCCCACGCUGCUGCCCAGGAAGAUUCCUGGAAAAGGGUCCUGGAUUUUAUGGAAAAUAAUCUGAGACGAUGAAUCUUGACACUGAAAAUAUCUCAGCAUAAAUGCAACUGUUAGAUGAUACAUGUAUCUGAGAUUUGCAUUCAGAGAAUUAGGAAAUAAAAAGAGAAAUGCUUUUUUUCUAGCUGAAAAGGAACUCCUACAUUGAAUUACAAAAUCAUUUACAGACCAUAGUGCCUUGCUCAAAGCUCGACUGUAUUGCUCUUCCUACAACCAGAAAUUAAAAAGUAAUUCAUGGUUGUUGUGUAAUACUCUCAUUAAUUACACACAGAAUAUCCUUUGCUAUAACUCUUCAUUCAGUACUGCUGAUUAUCUGAAAUCUUUCACAGAUUAACCAUAGACAGUCUAUGGAACUAACUAGUUAACUGCAAUUUAUCCUAUCAAACCAUAAUCAUUUCUACAGGAGUGCGCCCGAGAGUAAGGUGAAUAUAAGUAUAUUUUUGUAUAUUUUUGGUAAUGCAUAAAGACAUAAUACUAAUUGAUGUAUUUUAUGAGAAAAAUAGUCCUGUACUGCAAAACCAGUCACAGAAAUAGAGAUGCAUUCUUUGUCUAUGCACUGAGCCUUACUGAUGCCUCCAAAUUAUUAGAGACCCCUUCACUAUCACAUUUUUCCUUCUUUUAUGAAGUUAUAAUUCUGUUUGUGUUGUGUGCUCCGCUUUCUAAAGAGCCCACUGAUGAUUGUGUCUCUUGCCAUAUAUUGUUGUACGAUGUCUUCUUUAAUUAA